UAUGAGGUAGAGGCAAAAAUGCGGGGAGUGCAGGGUGAAAUAGAGUUGCAGGGGGAUACAGAGGGGCAGGAGAUAAAAGGUCAGAGAGGCCCACGGUCCCCGGUCCCAAGCUCACCCGGGUCUGACGGGGUUUUGUCACAGGUGGGAGUUAAUGGGGUGCACGGGCGACAGAAAGUUGCAGAUAGACCUCUGGGAUGUCUGCCCGUGCAGGAGCUCGGUGCCGUAUCUGACAGCCGGCAGUAUGCUCAGCUUCUCGCAGCUGACUCGGGUGCCGAGAUGGAAGAUCUGGAAAACUCUAUAGAAGACAUGCUGGUCCGACUGGAUGAGUUCUGUGCCAUGAUGGAUAUGAUAAGAAAUGAAACUUCUCAUAUCCUUGAAGAAAAAAUCCCGGCUCUUACGAUUAAGGUGGAAGAAAUGAAUAAGAUAUAUUCCCGGGUUGACAAAUUGGAGGCGUUUGUCAAGAUGGUCGGUCAUCACGUCACUUUCCUGGAGGAAGAAGUCGCGCAAGCGGAGAGUGAUCAUCUAUCUUUUCCACAAGCACUUAACAGGAUGAUACAGGGAGCACCUAUACCGCUCCUCCUCAGGAAAAAAGCAUCAAAACCGCCGAAAUCGUACGAACUUCCAAAGCUGUACAGGACAGAAGAUUAUUUUCCUCCUCACUACAUCUACGUGAAAAAUGAAAAGUCUUAUCAGAUUCUGCCCUCUGGGCUUUAAAAGCUGUUGGAUUACGAGCAGUUGGACGGACUGCUCGCUCCAAGAUGCUCGUCCCUUCGUGCCAAAACCCUACCCCACGCUGCAGCAUCCACCAUAAUACUGGGGUAAUUCUGAAACGAAACACGGGGGGGUAUGUGUGAAGCGUUACAUAAGUGAACUAAAAUGCUCUAUUUUCUUGGUUGUAUUAAAGCAAACUGGUUAUCGUCC